AACAUCCAGUGAAAUAUCUGUCUCAUUGUUCUAUCUGUGGUAACAUGGUGCCGGAAGUGUAACGCCGGUCUCGGCUUUAGUAUCUUUUUUUUCUUACUAUUGGUCCAUUCCUGAGUUAUCUUGACCAAUAGAUAGCGUUUUUAUAGUCUUUCGCCGCAGUGUGAGUUCGCGGGGGAAGUAAGAUAGUUAUGUUUUGUAGCUAUAGUUUUAACUUGUAUAUCUAAAUUAAUGAACGCAUUUUGAAAUGUGUUAUUGGUGAGUUUAUCGUUAGAUAUUUUGAGUACUGACAUACUUAAACUGUUGAGAUCGGCUUUCAAACGAGUAACACGUGACUGGCUUGCUAGUUAACGGUAUUCAUACAAUUCAUGGUAAUCGUAGCUAGCAGCUUUCGAUAGUCAGAAUAAGGAAUAUUUUGUACCGAGACAAAGACCUGACCUCUCUUGCGUGCUAGCUGUGUAACGUUUAAUACUUGCCGUUUGAAAAUGAGUCUAUUUAAUUUAGAGCGGUUUCGUUUUGACAAGAAUAAGCCGACAUCAAACCAGGACAAAUACAGCGGUUCCGCAUGUCCAGAGUCGGGAAAGGAGAAUAAACCAGACUCAACGCGAAAGAGGAAACAGGGUGGCUCCAGCAGUUCCCAAGACAGCGAUGUGGUUCCGCAGCCCAGUAAGAAGAGGAGAUCGUCUCUGCCUGAAGACUCUGAGGAGGGAGCAGAGCCCAGCUGGGAGAGACGGGAGGCCAUGGUCAGGAAACUGCAGAGGAAGUUCCCCGACCAGGAUAAGGAGGAACUGAGGUCCGUGCUCCAGGAACAUGAGUGGAACGUGGAUGACGCCCUGGAGGUGCUGCGCAUGUUCUCGGACCCAGAUGAAGACUCUAGUGCACCUGAAGUAUCCAGCUCCCCUGAAGUCAAGCAAAAGGAACUGAAUGCCAAGAGUAAUGCCAAACCAAGCAAAGCAAAGAGUGAUGCCAAGCCGAGCAGAGACCGUUGGGAGUCUAAGGAUAGCAAGGAGGAGGCCAGGCGAAGCAAUGCUUCCGCUCUGAAAUGGCUGUUUAAGAAACCUGCACCUGAAUCUAGGCCUAACUCCUCGUCCUCCUCUUCGACUUCUACCAGCCAGAAGCUCUCCAACGGGACCAGCGUGGCUAAGAAGGAGGCGUCGGAGAGGAAGAGGAAGAUUCGCGCCUCCUACGAAAGGGCCAGCAGCUCGGAGGAUGAGGACACGGAAGGGGCCAGCAGUGAGUUUGAGGGCGAGGACGACGAGCUAGAUUUUGUGGCGGAGGAUGCGGGCACAUCCACGCUCAAAGGCCAGAUCCUGAGCUUCUUCCAGGAGGCCUCGCUGGAUGAGCUGUCCCUCAUCGCCGGCUGCUCGUUGAAGAAGGCCCAGAAGAUUGUGGAGCUACGGCCCUUUGCUGUUUGGCAGGACCUGGAGGAGGUGUUCCACAAAGAGAACGGCCUGUCUGCAGAGCUGCUGCUGGGCUGCAGGGUGGUGCUGAGGGAGAGAGCCGUGGUCCAGGGCCUCAUGUCCAAGUGCCAGACCAUCUCGGGCAAGAUGGUAAAGGGAGUCACCCAGGUCAUAGACAAGGACAUGGGCUCCAUGACCCAGCCCUCAGUACUCAACAGAAAGUUGCAGUUGAAACCCUACCAGCUGAUUGGGCUGAAGUGGCUUCUCCUGCUGCACCAACACAAGCUGAAUGGAAUCCUGGCUGACGAGAUGGGUUUGGGAAAGACCAUCCAAGCCAUAGCCUUCCUGGGCAGACUGCACCAGGACGGCAUCGACGGCCCCCACCUCAUUACUGUGCCCUCCUCCACCCUUGAUAACUGGGUUCGUGAGCUAAAGCUGUGGUGCCCUAGUCUCAAGGUGUUAGUCUACUACGGCUCUGUGGAGGACCGGCGGUACCUGCGACAUGACAUCCUCAGCAAUCAGGUGGACUUCAACGUCAUCGUGUCCACCUACAAUCUGGCCAUCGGCAACGACAGCGACCGCAGCCUCUUCCGCAAGCUCAGACUGAAGUAUGCCGUGUUCGACGAGGGCCACAUGCUGAAGAACAUGAACUCCCUCCGUUACCGCCACCUCAUGGCCAUCAACGCGGAGCACCGGCUGCUCCUGACCGGCACCCCUCUGCAGAACAACCUGCUGGAGCUGAUGUCGCUGCUCAACUUCAUCAUGCCCUCCAUGUUCUCCAGCAGCACCGCGCAGAUAGCCAAGAUGUUCUCCAUGAAAUCCCAUGAGGAACAGAGUCGUUUUGAGAGGGACCGCAUCGCCCAGGCUAAACUCAUCAUGAAACCUUUCAUCCUCAGACGAGUUAAGAGCGAGGUUCUUAAGCAGCUGCCAGCGAAGGAGGAGAGGCUGGAAUUCUGCACCAUGAGCGAGAAGCAGCAGCUGCUUUACCAGAACAUGGUGGGCAAGCUCAAGAAGUCUGCCAUCGGAGAGAAGAAAGUGCUGUGCAACGUGAUGAUGCAGUUGAGGAAGAUGGCCAACCACCCUCUGCUCCACCGGCAGUACUACACCACAGAGCGACUCGAGGCCAUGAGUCACCUCAUGCUCAAGGAGCCGACCCAUUUGGACGCGGACCCGGUGCUGAUCCAGGAGGACAUGGCGGUGAUGUCGGACUUUGAGCUUCACCGGCUGUGCCAGCAGUACUCGUCGCUGCACAAAUACCAGCUGGAGAAAGACCUACUGCUGGACUCCGGGAAGUUCCACCUGCUCCAGACGCUACUGGCCACACUUAAGACCAAGGGAGACCGGGUGGUACUCUUCAGUCAGUUCACCAUGAUGCUGGACAUUGUGGAGAUUCUGCUUAAACACCUGGGCCACCGCUACGUCCGACUGGAUGGCUCCACACCCAUAGCAGACAGGAUCGUGCUGAUUGACGACUACAACAUGGACCCGGAGAUCUUUGUGUUCCUGCUGUCGACGCGGGCGGGCGGCCUGGGCAUCAACCUGACCUCGGCCAACGUGGUCAUUAUGCACGACAUCGAUUGUAACCCCUACAACGACAAGCAGGCAGAGGACCGCUGCCACAGAUUGGGCCAGACUAGGACUGUCCAGGUGAUCAAACUGAUCCAUAAGGACACCAUAGAGGGUGGCAUGCUGCAGCUGGGCCAGAAGAAGCUCAAACUGGAGCAGGACAUGACCGCUUCCGAGGAGGGUGAUGAGGGCACCAUGUCUGAGGACAUGGCCGUCCUCCUCAAGGCAUCGCUGGGCCUGUGAGGGUCCGGGAGCUCCCUCCCUGGAGUUUCAUUGGGACUCAGCCUGGAGCAUCCCACCCCUGACUGACCUGACCUGACUCACUGACUGACUGACUGAACCCUGCCAUAGGUGGGUCUUUCCCUGCUACUCACUCUGCCCUUGAGACCUGAGACGCAGCUGUGCACUUCCGACAGUCUGCACUGGAGAUGAUAUGGUUGUGUUGAUGGGAUUAUUGGCCUUUGCUGUCAGUAGCAGAGAUGGCGGGUGUCGUUGAAGGUCAGUGGCGACUGCUCUGUGCAGCACCUGGGGUGUAUUCAUUAGGAAGCAAAAGUGCCAAAACGGGGAGGGACUAACCUCAACUUGUCCAAUCAAUUAUCAUUUUCAGUGCAAGCGGUUUUCUGUUGCAAAUUGUUUUGCUAUGGAUUGCACUAAUGAACACACCCCAUACUCUGCUCUGAAACAAUGCCAGGGAACAGUUUGUCAAAGCAACUCUGUCUGUGCUGCCUUAUGAAGUCCUUAUACAAUGAAGUCCUGCAGGGGACUGAAUACCAGGUGGUGACAGAGCUGCUCUGUUUAUGUAUCAUUGUGAUGUGACGUACUGUUGUCGAAGCUGUUACUCGUCCGUUUGUAAUUUUGAUAUCCUUGUUGCAACAUCAACAGGGUUUGUCGAAACAUGAAAUAAAGAUUUCAAUAUUUA